UCCUUUCCUUUCCUUCAUAAAACCAAAACCCCCUUUUUCAUUUUAUGCACAAACUCCAUUCCCAUUCUCAACUACUUCCCCUUUUCGGCCCUCCCUCACGCAUAUGCUGUGUCUGUGUUGUUCAUGUUAACGGCCAUGACGCUGAACUGGCACAGCUCCGCCACGACCACGACGGGUCCGCCGCCGUGGCUGCUGCUGCCGACGGGGGUGGAAAAGAGGCAGCUUUUCUUGAGAAGCUACCAAUUCUCUCGGAAGCAGAGUGUGGGGGAGAGAAUCAGGAGAUCGAUUUGGAGGGUGAAGAGGGUGAUUUGGGGGAAGUUCAGAUCGGCCAGGAAGCUUAGGAAGAUGCUCUGGUUGAAGCUCAAAACUGGAGUCUUCUUCACCAGGAGGAGGAGCAGCAGAGGCUAUGCCUACUUCCAUGUCAAUGGAACAGCCUCUUCAAGAGGGCCUUCUUCUUGCACCUUUUGGUAGUGGUACAAGUACUAAGACAAAUACAUGAUCUCCUCUCGCUCCUCUCUCCCUCUCUCUAUCCUUUUUGUUUGUUUGUUUGUUUGUUUCCCUUGUCUGUGUUCUUUGAUUUUUUUAGAAAUGUUGUCUUCUUUAAUUUCAGAAUCAGAGAUUUGGUGUAAAGAAUUUGAUUCAAGUUUAUAUAUGACCUGCUUGAGCUUAAA